AAGGCUUACGUAACCGAAACCAAAAUCUCUUUACAUGCUAUACGGAAUGCUCUGCCAUCAUUUCAUAAAUGAUUGCGGUUACAGCCACGACGAAUUUCACAGCCAUGAAUCUACACAAAUCACACCCAUGGAGGUCGCAGCCAGAAUUUCACUCCAGAACCUUCACGGUCGCCAUAAAUUUCACUGCCAAUGUUCAGCCACGCAACUGGAAAUCACUCAUCGGCCAAAAGUGCCAAGAACUAUGACCUGUAGCUAAGAUGUAUUCUGUAAUAGGAAAUUUUCCGGGGCCUCGUGUUUCAUG